AUGAGUGAACAACAUGGGCAUAUGCCCAAAUUUGAGGAUUGGCCUGCCAGUAUAAGUAUCCUAGCAGCUAAUGUUGAUCUAAUGUCUCUCAAUGAGAACUCACGCCCAGAGUCACCGACUGUGACUACGCCUGUCUCUGAGAGUCGCAAACACUCACCUGGAAUUGUCGAUGAUUGUUCUUCUCUCAAGAAAUCGCCCUCUGAUUGCACCCCAGCUCUCACUCAACUUUCUGCUCAGGCUCUUGUGGAGGUUCCUGCCCAGUUUACCGCUCAGGUUUCUCCCCUCCUAUCCCAUCCUUCCCUUCCUUCGACCCCAUCCUCUUCUAACCGAAGUUCAUCUUCGUCUUCCACUAUUCGUCCCCCUCCAAACCGCCGUCUUGAGUUUGAGCCUGGAUUCCAUCCCAGGCCCUUUGAAUUCGUGCCCCAAGCCUAUUCUCCUCUCAGUCUUCAGUCCCAAUCUCGUCGAUAUCCUUUUGAGACUGUAUCUCACCACAAUCCUAUUGACCUCUCUGGUCAGUUCCAACCCACAAACGUCUGCAAACCCAACUUUGGUCCAUCCAACGCCAUCAACAUGGGCUGGCCAUUCGACCAGGGUGGGACCCCCAAUUUUGGGGAUUUUGAGCGUCUUGAAAACUUCUCAAUCGAAGAACUCCUCCAGCAAGCAUCCAUUCCAUUUGGGAGCAUCGUUGAGAUGCGUCCACCUUCUCGCAAUGGUGUUGUGGUGAUUUCUAACAUUCCGUACACUGUGACUCGCCAGGAGGUGGCCUCAUUCCUUGGACGUAGUGCGAACCUGCUUCCAUCCUCUCAAGGAUGCCCCAUCCAUAUUAUUAUGGAACGGUCUACUGGAAAGACCAUGGACUGCUAUGUUGAAUUCCCAACAAAGAAGGAUGCCGAAGAAACUGUCGACCGGAUCAAUCGUGCCUAUGAUGUUGGUAGUACCCCACGGAUGGGUAGCCGCCAUGUCGACAUAGAACUCAGCACCCCAGCCAAGCUUCUCAAGGCUGCUUUUCCCCGGGCGAAGUGCAUUUCAUGGGAGGAUGGGAAUCCUGUUCAGCUUGUCAACAAAGAUAGUUGGUCCACCGGUUUUGAUGGCUUUCUCACCGACGAGGAGCUGUUUUGCCUCACUCGGCACGCAGAGCAACCUCACCGAAGUGCAUUUGCUAGCAAGGUCCCUCAGCGUUGUUACGAAUCGUUCAUUACCACUAUCUGGAAGUUCCCAUGGCAUGCAACUCAUCUUUACACCGUGCAUCACCGCAAUGCACUUUUCAAAACUCUUGUUACUUUGAUCAAGACUCUAGUGGAACGUAUGCAAAAGGCAAACACAGUGGGCUUGGAUAUCCGCCUUCUCAAUGAGUUGGUUAAUGCAGGGAUCAGCUGCCCUGCCUUUAAUCCUCGCAUGAAAUAUUGUUUUGCUUGGUGGUCGAAGGAUAAGAGAAGAAUUGGGUUAUUGGACCAUAAUUGGUGCCUUUACUUCCCAUUCGAUACUCUGACCUACAUUCCUGGACACCAUUCUGCUGCUAUUCAGUUUUAUUCCUAUGUCAUGUCCAACGGUUCGGUUCUGCGCACUGAGAACGACGGUCUUCUCAACCAACACACUCACCCUGAGGUCGAACGAAUCUUCGGAAGGUUCUGGUUUGAGUGGGAUGAUGAUGUUGCCCGUAGCAAGAUCUUCAAGGAUGCAAUCAUCUACGAAGCUAGUGUUCUGCGGAAGUUCAUCAUCACUGGAUUCCAGCAACUUCACAGGAGAAACUCGAGCAUCUCAACUAUUGGCACUGCUCCUGGCUCAUCGCCAACCCAUAGUCUCGCCUCAGUUGACAGCCAGCGCACCAUUUCAGUUUCCCACAGUGGCUCCGUGAAUUCCGGCCGUGCUUCUCGGGGAAGCUCGACUGUUUCGUCCACCAGAAAUAUGUCUAGCAGUCUCCUUGAGUUAACCAACAACUGGAAUAUCUCUGGUAACUCCCGUGAAAGCUCUCAGCGACUUGAUUCUGCCCAAUAUCUGCCGGACACCCCGACUCAUCGGCCUCGCGCAUCGGCCCCUGCUUACGUUCCGCCACACCAACGACCAGAUUCAGCCAAAUCCCGCAAACAGUCGGUUAGCUGGCGUAUGCCUCAACUUCAGGAGGCAACUGCGGGUGGCUCAGCUCAGAGCCAGGGUGAUAUCCGGCCUAUCUACCGUGCUCCGCAUGCGACUGCGCAGAACGUUCGGUCGUCCUCUGAUCCUUUCGGUCCAGUUCCUUCGCUUGGUCCCAGCAGCCACCGGUCUCGCUCCGACGCUACUCAUCUGUCGAACAUUGAUCGCCAGGUGUUUGAUGAGUUCCGAGCUGCUGGCCGCGGUGCUCGAUUUGCAAAGAAGUAA